GUUCAUUGACCACAGACUACCUGAAGACAUUUCCCUUGAUGGUUUUGUUGCUGAUUUUGAAGCUGGUUUGUGGCAAGCACUGAAGCAGCAGUUUCCACAUUAUGCCAUCCUGGUCCCAAGCAGUAUUCCGAAAGGUGCAAGAACAUGGUCUGCAGACUGCCUACAACCAGAAAGACAGUGUUUACACCUUCUUGAGACAACUGAUGGCUCUUCCCUUCCUGCCACCAGAGCACAUCACCGAUACCUUCCUCCAGUUAGAUGCCAGAGCACCACAGGCCAUAGUUCCCGUAAUGAACUAUGUGUACUCCACCUGGAUAGACAGCACCAUAUUCCAGAUCAACCAUUGGAGUGUAUUCAUGUCAGCCAUUCGGACCAACAAUGAUGUCGAGGGAUGGCACAACUGCUUUAACACCAAUGUAGCUACCAGAGGACCUGUCCCGUUCUACCAGAUGGUAACUAAACUGUUUGCAGAGGCAGGUGACAUCCCCCUUCAACUGAAACUUGUAACUGAGGGUAAACUACAGCGCUACCAACGGAAGAAGAGUCGACAAGUGCAAGGCAAGGUUUUCAGCCUAUGGAAUGACUAUUGUGAACGUGCAACAUCAGCCAGCAACCUUCUACGCGAAUGUGCUGCCAUUUAUGUUCCACCGGCAAAGUGACAAAUUCAGUUAUUGACACAGUGCUUGCUAUAUUAUGUUUACAUGUAGACUGUCUUUGAUAUUUAUAAAGUGAUACUGCUGUAAAAGUGCUUCUUAUUAUUGAAUACAUGUAAUCUUAGUUUAAUGAUGUUAAUAUAGUGCUUUGCUUCAAGACAAUAGUUAAUCAUGACAAUAGAUUAGUGCAUACUGUUACUUUUACUUAUGUUUUACUGUACUUGUGGGAUCAACUGUUAUAUAUAUGUAUAUAAUAUAUAAAUAAAAAAAAAUGUCUGAUACUUA